UGAGGAUAUGAUUGAUGGUGGUGGACGAUCAUGGUAGUUGGUACUGGCAAGGGCCGCCAGGUGUCAAAGUUUCCACUGCUCAUACCUUAGCCUCAUGACUGAACUCUGGCUCGUUGUUGACAACACUCAGUCAUGAUAUUCUUUCAAUAAAAGCAUUUUCAUUGGGGCCUUUUCGGCUCCAGUCCAGCUAGCGAUGAAUUUGCCCAAUGGCUUCGGACGAGGCCUUCGGGCCGGUCAAUGACCUGACUAAACUGGUGUCCGUAAAGCCUAGAUGGGAAGGAAGAAUGGCCUCGACCGAGCCAGACAGCGAGCCUGGUGCAAGACAAGACGAGAAUGGAGAUGAAGUAUUCUCCGAUCGCAGCACAUCGACGGCGAAAACCAUUUGGAACAUCGCGAACGCCAUUCAAAGUGUCAGCGUGUUGUCGUUGCCGUAUGCAGUGUUCAGAGGUGGCUGGGUUGCACUGGGUGCCCUAAUUGUCGUGGCAAUCAUGUCCAAUAUCACUGGAAAGCUGCUGAUAGACUGCCUGUAUGACAAGCCGUUACCCAGUAUGCUGUCUCGCAUCACUCAACAUCCAGUGGUUGCCAAUGUAUCAGCCAUGGGCAGGAUCAAUGCUGCUAGCAUUUCUGUCAGCGAAUCUAUGCCGCUUAUUGCUGUCAGCCAACCGGUUCUGGUCCGGUCCACGUAUGCGUCGAUUGGGCAGGCGUGCUGGCCAUUCGGCGGUCAAGUGAUUGUGCUCCUUGUCCAAUGUGUGGAGCUACUCGGUGUCUGCAGUUUGAUGUUGGUGCUUAUGGGAUCGGCCAUUGGUAUGCUCACCAGUCAAUGGGUUGACCACAGCCUCAACGUGUGGAUCACCGUCUCUGCCGGCAUUGUACUUCCUACUGUCCUGCUCCCACGCCUGUCACAGCUGGGAUGGCUGAGUUUGGUGGGAGUUUUCACCAUCUUUGGCGUUGUCAGCACCAUACUGGCAAACUCGGUGUCCAAGUACAAAGAGUGGCACUUUGUGAACUUCCCCACACCAUCGUGGCAGCAUUUCCCCAUUGCGCUCGGGAUUGUUGUGUUUGGCUAUGCGGCGCAUGGCCAGUUCCCAUCAUUCCACAUUCGCAUGGAGAAGCCUCUGCGGUUUGGCUUUGCACUCAAUGUCUCCUUCUUCCUGGUUGCCAUUCUGGACAUGACGUCUGGUGUUCUUGGUUAUCUGGCGUAUGGAUCGGAAACGAAGGACAUCAUUAACCAGAACAUGCAGUCGCCGUGGAAUCACAUCAUUGACGUUCUGCUCCUGAUCAAUCUUGUUCUGUCGUACGCACUGCCCAUGUUCCCUGUCUCGGCUAUGAUGGAUCGAUUUUUACGGCGAUACUUCCCUCUGUGUGGCAAAGCCGGCAAUGAUGGUGGUCUUCGGCUAUUUUAUUUCAUCACGACGCGGAUGUUCUUGGUAGGAAUUACACUGCUCGUGGCUGUAUCUAUUCCCAACUUUCACCUCUUGAUGUCGUUCAUUGGCAGCAUCACGUGCGUUCUUCUUGUUUUCGUCCUGCCGUGCGUAUUUCACCUUGUCCUGCACCGCAGCCACUUGACCAUGUUGGGCAAGUCUGUCAACAUCAUUCUUGUUCUUAUCUCCACAGCGGCUGGUGUUUCAGGUGUGUAUGCCUCAUACACGGAGCUUUCAUCGAGUUGAUCCUUUUCACGUCAACGUAUCGUUGCCGGUGUUGAAGCAGUUGCUUUUGAUUGAGACUUUAUACUCUUAUUCUCCUGCAAACAAGCUGGACAGUUUUGAUCUGAUAUUUUAGACCUACGACCAAACAUAGUUAUGGUAACUGUUCGGUUGUAAUUUUAUCUUUAGAGCCUUUCAGAUGUGUUUGCAUGAAUCUGCAAGAGACCACUUCUGAUAUUUAUUUUGCACUGACUAUCUACAGUACUUUUAGAAUGGCUUAAUCCGUAUAUGCAUGAGACCUAGAAACGCACAUAUCAGUUACAUGUACCAGUGCCAAGUCUUUUUUAAAUUAAAAACGCUAAAUUGAAGUCUUCGCUUCGAACACUCGUAUUUAUUUCGAACAAUACCAUCAACUAGUCUA